AUGGCCUCUCUUAAUGUUACUUGUGCACCAAGAAACCCAUAUUUGUUGUGGUUACAAGCUCAAGAUAUGCGUCGCUCAUACAACAUUUUCCAUGAACGUGUUGUAAGCGAGCCAAGAUGUAGAAAAGGUGAUGGAAGGCUGUCUGAUGCAAUGAAGAAUAGUAUGCCCGCCAAAGUCAUUCAGCAUCUCAAGGAUGUUGGGUUUUUCCAAAUAUUCAAGGUAGUGGUUCAAAAACUUGAUCAUCCUUUGAUUACCAUGUUGGUGGAAAGAUGGCGUCCAGAGACCAACACGUUUCAUUUUUCUAUUGGUGAAGCAACUGUCACCUUGCAAGAUGUGCAGGUGAUAUGGGGUUUACUUAUAUAUGGACCAACGGUGACUGGUGAAUGGGUUACAGAAACCCGAAAUGUUGAUUACUGGAACAAUAUGUGUAUGGAAUAUCUGGGCUUUUUUCCUAUAGAUGUUGCAGAUUUUGAUAACUUGAAAACAGUCGGAUCAAAUUUCACACCAUAUUGUCUAUACAAAGCUAGAAAGAUUAUUCUAGCUAUUAUUGGUUCAGAGAUUUUUCUUGAUGCGAACACAUAUGAUGUUAGCUUGAAUUUUUGUAGGAACCUAAGAGACUUGAGAAAAGAAGGUAGAAAGAGUUGGGGUAUUGCAGUUCUUGCGUGUUUGUAUAGAAACCUGUCUAAGGGUAGUAUGCCUGCAAGAAAGGGCAUUGAUGGGUCUUUGUUGUUGCUCCAGGGCGUGGGAAAGAAGGCCACGGAUUGCCCCACGCGUCACGACACGCAAAGAAGACGCGCUAUAUGCUUAUCGCCCCCGCUUAGGAAACAGGUGGAAUGGAGACUCAAUAUAUUCGCUAUGCAUUUCUUCACUUAUAAUGAUUCCGUUGCCAAUUUUUCUUAUUUCUUUUAA